AUGGACUCAGCAGUUAGCAGCCCUGGUUAUGGUUCAUAUGGUGAAGCUAUAAAUCAAACUCAUGCAGACCUGCUCCAAGCUUUCAAAGGCUUUAGACCAGGGCGGCAGAAUCAGUCCAAGAGUCUGCAGCCGCCUUUGGCAUCAAGCUCUCAACAACCCAAUAGUCCUGGAAUCAAAGCUAGUCAGAGCAGUCAAGUCGCCAGUACCCAGCAAGCACCUCCAAGUACUGUGUCAUCAACUCAAGACACUACAACUCGAAAGAGGACGCGCCGAUCUGCCAACAAAGAGCACACUGAAGAACAUCAGUCCAGUGACAGUGAUAUUCCACUGGUCCAGACACCGAAACGUCCUCGUCGAAACACCCCCAAGGUAUCUGACAAGCCAGAGAAUGGCUCUACUAGUCAGGAGAUCAGCACUGCCUCCAAGCAAACGGUUGGAAUUCAAGACCAGAAGGGAUUCGCUCAUGUGGAAAAAACAUCGCAGGCUCUUAGUGUGCUGCAAAACAUUGACCCACGCCUUCAGGCAGAGAGAAGUCCUGCUACAAUUACUCCUGGGUUUGUAGCUGCCAGUAUCAAAGGUCAGAAUGUACAGCAGAUGAAUGGUGCUCUUCAUUAUAAAACUCCAAUCAUUCGUUUCGCACCAAGUACUGCACAGAGCAGCAAGAACUUCGCAACCCAGAUACUCAGCGAGAACCAGAAAUUUGCAGAAACACUCUCUCGAAAGAACAGCACUUUCCUACUCAGUGUCCCGCCUACAGCCAAAUCCUACCUAGAAGGAAAACUCGCCCAAAUCACGGCAGAGAUGACCCGCUUGCAUCAAGAAAAAGUUGAUGCCAUCAAGUUGGAGUAUGUGGCUGAACUUAAAAGGGAUAUGGACGAGCGGCAGAAAGUUAUUGACAUGUUGACGCGAAAGCCGGAUGUGUGA